AUGUUUUUUUUUUAUUGUUUAGCUGGCAAUUGUUUUAAUCAUCGUAUUAAUGAUAUGUGCUAUGAUAUUAGUGAAGUAAAUGUAAGUGAAGAACAAUGUUCUGGUCUAUAUUAUUCAGAUGAUAUUCUUAAAGAACUUGAUGGAUAUGAAUAUGCAGAAAACUGUCGUGAUGUAAAUAUUGCACCAAAACGGUGUGAUGUGGACUGUGGUCUUGGUCAAGAAUGUCAAUGGAUAAACGGAGAAGAAAUGUGUAUAUGUAGUGAAGAAUCAUGUGCUUCAAGUGAUUCAUUAUCAUCGAAAUAUAAUCAGCAACCAUUAUGUGCAUCAAAUAAUAUGACAUUUAGUUCAGAAUGUGCAAUGGCAGCAUGGAAAUGUCUUAAACAACAAUCUAGUUUAUAUAAAAAAUAUGACGGAGAAUGUCAAAAAGAUUGUCGAAAUGUCAAAUGUCCAUAUGAUACAGUUUGUUUAUUAGUUAAAAAUACUGGUGAACCCUUUUGUUAUCCAAAAAAAUAUUGUAAUCCAGUAUUAGACCCUGGACCAGUUUGUGGUACAAAUGGUAUUACAUAUAGAAAUAUAUGUGCUAUGCGUCUUAGUCCAGAUGUUCAGGGUCGAACACCCGAACUAGCACAUAAAGGCCCUUGUGAAAAUAAAUGUCGAGCAAAUUUAUGUCAACCAUAUGAACGUUGUGUAUAUUCUCGUCAAUCGCGUCCGGUUUGCAUUCGUUGUCAAUAUUCUCGACGAUUUUUUACUCAUAGUGGUGAAUGUAGUAUGAACAUCCCGGCAUGUGGUGAUGAUGGAUAUUUAUAUAAAAAUUAUUGUGCUUUAUUACGUGGACAAUGUGAAAAAAAUCGUUAUAUUAAUAUAAUUGAUUAUGAUACAUGUCCAAAAAAUAUGAACAUGAUGCAAUGA